CUCUACCAUUACACAACAAAACUUACGCAUUAAGAACAUCUUCUCCACUUUCUCUUCUUUGAUCUCUCUCAUCAUGUCUGGUUACCCUCCUUCGAGCCAAGGCUACGGUUACGGCGGCAAUCCACCACCACCGCAACAACAACCCUACGGAUCCUCCGGCAAUCCACCACCGCCUCAACCUUACGGAUCCUCCAACACCAACCCUCCUCCCUACGGAUCCUCAGCUUCCUCGCCCUACGCCGUCCCCUACGGCUCUCAGCCUCCACCUUCCUCCGCUCCCUACGGCGCACCGCCGCCGUCCGCGCCCUACGCGGGAGAUCACAAGCCCCACAAAGACAAACCUCAGGCCGCCUACGGAUCUUCUCCCGGCGGCUACGGAUCGUCGGCCGGUGGUUACGGUGGCUACGGAGCUCCUCCUCCGUCGGGACACGGAGGCUACGGAGCUCCUCCUCCUCCUCAGCAGGGUGCUUACGGAAGCCCGUUCGCGUCUCUGCUACCGUCGGCGUUUCCUCCGGGAACGGAUCCGAACGUCGUGGCUUGCUUCCAGGCGGCGGAUCGGGACAACAGCGGCUUCAUCGACGAUAAGGAGCUUCAGGGGGCGCUCUCUUCGUAUAAUCAGAGCUUCAGCAUGAGAACUGUUCAUCUCCUCAUGUAUCUCUUCACCAACAGCAACGUCAGAAAGAUCGGACCGAAAGAGUUUACUUCACUUUUCUACAGUCUUCAGAGUUGGAGGACAAUAUUCGAGAGGUUUGAUAAAGACAGAAGUGGGAGAAUCGAUACAAACGAGCUAAGAGAUGCACUCUUGAGCCUCGGGUUUUCAGUGUCUCCUGUGGUUUUGGAUCUGCUCGUUUCUAAGUUUGAUAAAAGUGGAGGCAGGAACAGGGCUAUUGAAUAUGACAACUUCAUCGAGUGUUGUUUGACUGUAAAGGGGCUGACUGAGAAGUUUAAGGAGAAGGAUACGGCGUUAUCAGGAUCAGCUACUUUCAACUACGAGGCCUUCAUGCUCACUGUUCUACCAUUCCUCGUCGCUUAAGUUCGUUGCCCUUAUGGAGCUUUUGGGAAUAAUUUGUUUGUAGUUGAAUUCUGAGGAGUUUUGCUCUUUUACCUUUCUUAUCGACUUUGCUUUUGUAAGAUUUGGAAGUGGCUCUCUCUGUAUGAGCAUUUAAACAAGUGUUGUGGGAUAAAUUUGACUCUUAAAAAUGGACAAGAAUCAUUCCAAA